AUGCUGACUCUCCUAGAAGGUCUGGCGGUCAUCGGGAACGAUACCUUGCCCAAUCGGCACCGUAAAUUGGAUAUGGUGUUUUCCGAGAUUCAAGGCCGCCGGCAAUGGAUAGAGGUCAUUAUGGCCUGGUCCGAGCAGGAAAGCCAGGUCGACUUGUGUAAAAUGAGAAAGUAUGAAGCACUUAUCGCGGUGGAAGACCCGCGACGUAAUAUGGCUGAGAAAGACCGAAAGCGGGUGGAGGAGGAAGAGGACGGGAAAAUGGCGAUGUUCGAAUUGGAAGUUGAGGAAAAGGCACGGGCUACAUACCUGGGGGCGCUGGAACUUAGGUCUAUAAUUCUUUCUUCGUACGGCGUCCACCGCUAG